GCCUGCUGGAGCUGAGAGCAGACAAACUUGCGUAGUCUUACCACGGUUCUCACCGUCUGCUUGUCUCUCUCUAUGGACGGCCGGAGGGCAGAAGAGGAAACAGGGAUUGUUGUCGUCGGGACCGCAGCGCUUUUCCAGGGCCCAGCGAUGAUUUAAUCACGGAAAAACGGGGUGAGGGGGGAAAAGGAGAAGGAGACAAACGACGGGAGCGCGAGAGGAGAGGAGCAGCCGUUGGAGAUGUGCGGUCGGGCCGAGAUUGCGGCGGUAUCCCUGUCUAGGCCUGGACUGAGCAGAUUGUUCUGAGAGGAAACGGACAACAAACAGGGGAAGUGAACAUGGCUGGGACCUCGGGCUUCUUUUCCAACGGACCCGUUCCGUGGAUGGACAAUGACACGGAGAUGAACAACCUGUACCGAGACCUGGAGCUGGGGACAGUACUGACACUGUUUUAUUCUAAGAAGUCCCAGCGGCCAGAGAGACGAACAUUUCAAGUCAAGCUGGAGACCAGGACUAUUAUCUGGACUCGGGGCACGGAUAAAAUAGAAGGAGAGAUUGACAUUCGAGAGAUCAAGGAGAUCCGUCCUGGACAAAAGUCACGGGACUUUGAGCGCUAUGUGGAGGACUCGGCAGCGAGGCUGGACCAGGCUCACUGCUUUGUCAUCCUGUAUGGCACGGAGUUUCGCCUUAAAUCCCUCAGCCUAGCAGCAACGUCUGAUGAGGAGAUGACCAUGUGGGUGAAGGGGUUAAACUGGCUUGUUGCCGACACACUGAAGUCUCCGACACCGCUCCAGAUAGAGAGAUGGUUACGAAAGCAGUUCUACGCUGUUGAUCGCAACAGAGAAGACAGGAUAUCCUGUAAGGAUCUGAAGAGCAUGCUGAGCCAGGUCAACUACAGGGUGCCCAACAUGAGGUUCCUCCGAGAGAAACUUCCGGACUCCGAGUUGAGGAAUGGAGACGUGUCCUUCAGCCAGUUUGCGCAGCUCUAUCGCAGCCUCAUGUUUGAUGCUCAGAAAAACAUGGAGAUCCCAUUUAUACAGAGGUUCAUUGACAGACCAGAACAGAGGAUCUCCCUCGACGACUUCAAGGGCUUCCUCCUCGAGUCUCAAAAGGAAAUGUGGGCCACAGACAACAACAAAGUUCAAGAGUUUAUGUUCAGCUACCUGAAAGACCCCCUGAGGGAAGUGGAGCAACCUUAUUUCCACCAAGACGAGUACCUGACGUACCUGUUCUCCAAAGAGAACACCAUAUGGGAGUCCUCGCUGGACCAGGUGUGUCCUGACAAUAUGAACAACCCCCUGUCCCACUACUGGAUCUCCUCUUCGCACAACACCUACCUGACGGGAGACCAGUUUUCCAGUGAGUCGUCCCUGGAGGCGUACGCUCGCUGUCUGAGGAUGGGCUGCCGCUGCAUUGAACUGGACUGCUGGGAUGGUCCAGAUGGAAUGCCAGUCAUCUACCACGGACACACCCUCACGACAAAAAUCAAGUUUUGCGAUGUCUUGACCACCAUCAAAGAGCAUGCCUUCGUCACAUCUGACUAUCCCAUCAUCUUGUCCAUUGAGGACCACUGUAGUAUUGUGCAGCAGAGAAAUAUGGCCACUUACUUUAAGAAGGUGUUUGGAGACAUGCUGCUGACCAAGGCGGUGGAUAUUGCGGCAGACGGGCUGCCCUCACCCAACCAGCUCAAGAGGAAGAUUCUCAUCAAGCAUAAGAAGCUUGCAGAAGGCAGUGCCUAUGAGGAGGUGUCCACCUCCACUCCGUACUCGGAGAACGAUAUCAGCAACUCCAUCAAAAAUGGCAUCCUGUACCUGGAAGACCCCAUUAAUCAUGAGUGGUACCCUCAUUUCUUUGUCCUGACUAGCAGUAAGAUCUACUACUCAGAGGAGACCUCCAGUAACCAGGGCAACGAUGAUGAAGAGGAGCACAGAGAGGUGUCCAACGGUAUGGACCAGCACGUGACAGAGAAAUGGUUCCAUGGGAAGUUGGGAGCAGGGCGGGACGGGAGGCAGAUAGCCGAGAGGUUACUGUCGGAGUACUGCCUGGAGACUGGAGCUCCAGAUGGCUCCUUCCUGGUCCGAGAGAGCGAGACCUUUGUGGGAGACUACACGCUGUCUUUCUGGCGUUCAGGGCGGGUGCAGCACUGUCGUAUCCACUCUCGUCAGGAGGCAGGCAGCCCGAAGUUCUACCUGACUGACAACCUGGUGUUCGACACGCUCUUUGCCCUGAUCAACCACUACCAGCAGGUGGCGCUGCGCUGCAACGAGUUUGAGAUGAAGCUGACUGAGCCGGUGCCUCAGACCAACGCUCAUGAGAGCAAAGAAUGGUACCAUGCCAACCUCUCCAGGAGCCAUGCAGAAAACAUGCUAAUGAGGGUACCUCGUGAUGGGGCUUUCCUCGUGAGGAAGAGGGCGGAACCCAACUCGUUUGCCAUUUCCUUCAGGGCUGAGGGAAAGAUAAAGCACUGUCGCGUGCAGCAGGAAGGUCAGACCGUGGUGCUGGGCACCUCAGAGUUUGACAGCCUCGUAGAUCUCAUCAGCUACUAUGAGAAGCACCCUCUGUACCGCAAAAUGAAACUGCGGUAUCCCAUCAAUGAGGACACACUGGAGAAGAUAGGCACCGAUGAGCCAGACUAUGGGUCACUGUACGAGGGCAGGAAUCCAGGCUUUUAUGUGGAGGCCAACCAAAUGCCAACAUUUAAGUGCACUGUGAAAGCCAUGUACGAGUAUAAAGCCCAGAGAGACGAUGAGCUCUCCUUCGUUAAGAACGCCAUUAUCUCUAAUGUGGACAAACAGGAAGGAGGAUGGUGGAAGGGUGACUGUGGAGGGAAGAAGCAGCUGUGGUUUCCUGCUAAUUACGUGGAGGAGGUCAGUCCGUCCGCGGCGGAGCCUGAUAGAACCGAGAUGACAGAAAACAGCCCUCUGGGAGAUCUGCUGAGAGGAAGUGUGGACGUGUCUUCCUGUCAGAUUGUUGUGCGUCCUGAAGGGAAAGGCAGUAGGCCUCAUGUCUUCUCCUUAGUGCCAAACCCUUCCAUGCGGACGGGCCAGGUGCUGGAUGUCGCCGCCAGCAGCCAGGAGGAACUCAAGGAAUGGGUGUUCAAGAUCCGUGAGGUUACAAUGACCUCAGAGGCCAAGCUGGAGGAGGGAAAGAUGAUGGAGAGGAGGAAGAAGAUUGCACUAGAAUUAUCCGACCUGGUCAUCUACUGUAGGCCUGUGCCCUUUGAUGAAGACAAAAUUGGCACAGAGCGGGCCUGUUUCAGGGACAUGUCAUCCUUCCCCGAGACCAAGGCAGAGAAAUACGUCAACAAGAUCAAAGGGAAGAAGUUCUUGCAGUACAAUCGACUGCAGCUGUCCAGGAUCUACCCCAGAGGCCAGAGACUAGACUCCUCCAACUACGACCCUCUGCCCAUGUGGCUCUGUGGGUCCCAGCUGGUAGCGCUCAACUUUCAGACAGCAGACAAACCCAUGCAGAUGAACCAGGCUCUGUUCAUGCUAAACGGAAAGAGUGGCUACGUCCUUCAGCCGCCCAUCAUGAGGGACGACAACUUUGAUCCCUUCGACAGACAUACGCUGCGAGGCCUAGAACAGGUCACGCUAGAGAUUGAGGUUUUGGGCGCCCGGCACUUGCCCAAGCACGGGCGUGGCAUAGUUUGUCCUCUGAUUGAGAUUGAGGUGUGCGGGGCAGAAUACGACAGUGCCAAGCAAAAAACUGACUCUGAAGCUGAUAACGGUCUGAACCCCACGUGGCCCCGAAAAUCAUUCCAGUUCGUAGUAUGCAAUUCUGCCUUUGCCUUCCUGCGCUUUGUGGUUUAUGAGAUUGACAUGUUCAGUGACCAAAACUUCCUGGCACAGGCAACUUUCCCCAUUCAUGGCCUCAAGACAGGUUACCGGUCAGUACCUCUUAAGAACAGCUACAACGAGGAUCUGGAGUUGGCCUCUCUGUUAGUCCACAUGGACAUCAUCAGAGGAAGGGAUGAAAAUGGCGAGGUCUUGAGCCCGUUCCUUGCAGUCGGGGCCACAUCAAUGUCAGCCUCUACCCAAGCAGGGCGGGAACGUUUGGGGGAAUUGAACUCCGUGUCUUCGACCUCCUCCAACAUGUCUCCUGUGCCCCAGUCGCCGGCCCAGGCCAUGGCCUACAGGGGGAGGGAGGGCUCCUUCGAGUCCCGCUACCAGUCCCCUCUAGAGGACUUCAGGGUGCCCCAGGAGGCACUGUUGGAUCACAUGGACCCACAGAACAGACAGACGAGGAUGUUGCGGAGGACCAGAGUGGGCGGAGAGAACCGUGUCUAAGUCCAAGCCAAUCAGGACGCAUUUCUGUUGCACCCCCACCCUCCCACCCACCCUUCCGUACCCAGUCGCCUCUCCCCGUACUGAUGAUGUCACUGACUGCUGUGAACACUGUUUCCAUGGAAACGCCCACCACCGCUUUGGCCUACAUUUCAGGCAGCUCUCCCUCCCUCCAUUCUCCUACCCCCCCCCCCUCUCUCUUUCCCUCUGGCUCUCUCCCUCUCUCUCCUCUCCCUGCCGCCCAGCCUCCUCACCACUCGAGAAGGAGAGACUCGGACAGGAGAGGGAGGGCCGCUGAGAGGAAGCUGACUGCUGCGGACAGGAAGAAGGAACAGGACAUUUACAGGAGAGCUAGGCUGAAAAAGUUCCAGCUCUGGACUGGCUGUUUGCGGAGCGGGUUGUCCUCUCUUGUGUUUUAGUUGUGCACAGCAGCUGCUUAGCUUGGAGGCUAAGAGGAGGGAAAGAGAGAGUUAUAAAAGGUAUCAGUUUGAAACUGUUUCCCGGUUAAGGUUCUUCGCUCUUCUCUAUUAGGCGUAUAUGAAUAUAUGUAUUUAUUCCUGCUGUGCUGUUGGCCGGAGAACAGCAGCAGCUGACCUGCUCUCAAAGAGCUCCUGUCUCUAUGUUUUUAAUUAUUAUAAUUAUUUAAACCUUUAAACAUUCAUAAUGUGACUUUUCUUUUCUUUUUUGUUUUUUCUAUGUAUAUGUGUAAAACACGAGGGCUCUCUACGGCUAUUUUAAUGUCUAUCUCCUUCUUCUUUGUGGAGAAAAUUAUGCGCCUCCAGUCAAGCUCACACCCUAAACCUGGAGGAUUUUUUAUUUUGAAGGCAUCAGGAAGAAGUCAUAGCCUGUUUGUGUUAAAAGCAGCAAGAGAGUAGCCAGCAUCGUAUGUUAAUGUCUGCGUACACAAACACACACAUGCAUACACACACAGGCUUUUUUCAUUUCUAACUUACAUUCCAGAUAACUGCACAUCAUUCCAUUAUUCUGCACUGCAGGCGCCUUUACAAGCCAGUCUGACACAUUCAAACCUCUGUCUCCCUCGAUUGUCUUACUCCACAUCCAUCAUGUCUGUGGAAAACCUAACACCACACUGUGCGAUAACGCAGGACCAGGGAUACUUGUUGACCAGAUGAGGUUGUAGUCUUAAGAGGGAAGGAUAAUUGUGUUCAUAUUUGUCAACUUCUUCUCCUUCAGAUUUUUGCUUGUAUCAUCUACCAACAUGUUAAUGGACCAUUUUUAACAGCAGCACAGCCAUCUUUUCAAACAAGGGAUACUUCAUAGGGCUGCAAGGUCACUGCUAAAAAUGCUGCCGAUUACUUUGCUGGAUGAUUUGAUUAAUUUUCAGAAUUUGGUUUGAGGAACACAAUUAUGGACUUACAUUUGAAAACAUUUUGACAUACAGGGAACACUGUAAAUGUUUCUCUUUUGACAGUGUAAUAUACUGCAGAGGUGUGGACCUGAGUCCCAUAAUUUGGACUCGAGUCACAUUAAUUACAAAAUUGAUGACUUUUAACUUAAAAAAAAUCAAAAAACUUGCAACUUAACUUGGUCUUUAACACCAAUGACUUCACUUGGACUUGAGCCUUUUGACUCAGUUCAUUUCCUGAAUCAACUGGCGUUAAUGCUGUUCAUUUUCAGCACGACGACGCUAAAUUCCACUUUGUUUGGACCAGUCCGACAGCAUCCAGUCACACAGCAGGAGAAAACCAUGAAGAGCGAGUGUUAAAUUACUGAGUGCUAGUUGGAAAAAAUUAUACCAAAGAUAAUUUUCUUCUUGUACAAAAACUACGCUGUGGUCAACAUGUAGUAUGCAAAACCUGCAGGUCGAAAAUUGCUGGAAGAGAUGCAAAAAACUUGUUUUAACAAAUGAAUACAGAUUUAGAGAAAAACAAAACAAUUAUUUUUGUUGAUGAAGUACACAUUACUCUGUCACAGUUACAUUGCAGUUAGUGACAAGCGCAUUGUGACUUGUUUAGGACUUGAAACUCAAAAUUCAGGACUUGUGACUUGAGUGGACUUGUGAUUUGCCAUGCAAAGACUCAGUCCCACCUCUGCUACACUGUAGUUACGGACAUUGUAAUACACUUACAUGAUUAACUUUGCAGCCUUGUGUUUCUGUGGUUUGUGAUAGAGUAUUUCUGAAGCGUGGUUGUAUAUUACUGACAUUUCAAAUCUUCAUAGAAUUUUUGGCCCCUUAAUUCUGUGUUUCGAAUAUAACUGACACGGCUCUGUGACUACAGUGAGUAUAAAAACUGUUUUUAUUUGAGUGGGUUUUCAACAGAUGUCUCCUAGAGGUGGUUUUAGGUCCAGAGCAAAGGUGUUUACAACCAGCUUGUUUUUAUUUGUCAGCAAUUGUACAAUAGGAGUUCCCCGUGUUUGAGAGGAAAUUGUUGAUUAAGUGAGAAGGUUUGCAUUGCCUCCAGUAAACAUGCGGUUUACUCUUCGCUGGUUCAUUCUGUUGCACCACAAAGACAUGAGGGACCUUUUGUGUUUGUGCUGCAGUGGUGUUUUGGGGGAGUUUUGUCACAAGCUGCUUCCCAGAAACCUGUGAGGAUUUUAAGUUACACUGCCAUGAUGAAAUUGCCACUGCCCAUGAUGUUUUUUUUUUGUGAUGAAAUGUGCACAAUUGCAGACUUAGUGUAAACACCACGCGCCAUCAUUCCCAACUUCGGACUCUUGUUCUGGCUUCUGCUUAUAAAUGUUUGUCUGACUUGCUAAUUGAGACUCUUUUUAAGGUAAAUGUCACCUAAAUGUGCAGGUUUCUCACUUCCUGCGUUUGUGGUUUGUUUGGGAGGAGCAGGCCGAGUCUAAGCUUCAGACUGUAGCUGUGUUUCUGUGGCUGAUGGAUGACAAAGGUCUGUGCUCUGGGCCUUCAGUGAGCCCAGACGGAGCUUGUGUUUAACCAGUGGUGUUAUCCUUCCACGUUUGUAUCAGAAACAGUGUUUUCUCUGCUCGUAUGUGAUGACUGUAUGAUGUAAACUCAGUAUUCCCACUCAGUGUUUGACCACUGAGACACACCUAAGCCAUAUGGUAUGAUUUAAGGUAAAAGCAGGGACAGGAGUAAAUACUUGAGGUCGCAACAAAAGCUUUUUUUAGCGUCUUGUGUUGGCGCCCCAUUAUUAAUUCCGCCGCUCGCCCAUAUUACGCUUUUUUUUGCUCCCCUCCUGUAGUCGAUGAAUGGUCUUUUGUGGAGAGCUCCCUCCAAUGCUGCAUUGCUCUUAUUGCUGACCUGUCUGCUUCUGUCUGUGCGCCUCCGUCUGCGUACACAUCACAUUAACGCCACAUCCUUCACCUCCCCUGCUGGGCUUCAAGCACCCGCAAAGCCACGGUGCACCCACACAGUUGCUGUCACUUAUUUUGACUGAUCAGACCUCCUCUCAGCACUGUGCGAGCAUGUGACUCUACUGUUCAGUUUGUAGUACCGGUUAUAGCGGGACAACGCAAACUCCCAGCAACCUGUAAAGAGGUCUAGAUGAACCAAAAUAACCAAGAGCACCUAUGUGGGUGUGCAGGGCCCAUUAGUGUCUUUUUUUUCUUUUCUCCAGUCUUGUCUGUUUUGUUACCGACGGUCUCAUUUACAAUCGCCUUUCUGUAAUGUGCCUAAACUAUGGAGAGGAAAAGUAUUCAUUUUAAUUUUGCCUUUCAUAUGAAACAUAUUCAAGCCUGAAAAGUAAAUAAAAUACUUACUACUUUA